AGUCGAUAUCGCAUACGUCUAGCCGUAUGGUGCCGUACUAUGCGUUAACGUAGCGCGGCGGUGGAAAUUUGGCAUCGCAACGGCGGAGUGACUGAUCAUUUGGGUACGCGCACUGUGGCGCGGAGUAUAGAUAUAAAUUCGUAGCAGUGGCGGCCAUAUUUCGACGUACAAUCUUGUCCAUUGGAUUUCUAGACACGGUGCAUCUAUACAUAUAGAAUAAAGAUAAACAUGUCUCCCCAUCAAGGAACAUCGUCCAGAGAUUCUAGAAGAAUGAAAAGGAAAACCUACAAGAAAGUUGAGAAAUUAUUCAAGCGGGGUUUAUCGAGGUUGAAAAAUUUGAUCUUGGAUGCAAUUGAUAAUCAUGCCGUUCUACUAUUUGCGGAAAGAACUAAAUGCUUGUUAUGUAGCCAAUUUCUAGUCAUGAGCGCAAGGAAUUCAUGCUGUGAACUAUGUUUCAUUGAAUGGAUGAACGAGGAUGACCCCGAAGGCGAGAUUAUUAAGUGUAGAAACUGCGAUACACCAAUCAAAGCUGUGCUGAGUGGCAAGGAACUUAAAGAAUUUUGCGAUAUAGUUGAACUCAAAGAUAAAAAACCAAGUCCGAACGGACACUUUGGUUAUCCUGUAUUAAGCAAAGUAGCGAUGGACCAGUUAUUCGUGGACUUCAAAAGCAACACGGACUCUGCAGAUGAAAGAAUCCAAAAUCCAUGAAUUAAAUUUAAAAAAAAUUGACAACAUUUUGUGUACCUCCAAUGUUUGCAACACCAUCAACAAUGAUAAAUUACAUAUUAUAUAAUACAUAGUAACAAUAAUUAAUUUAAUGUUUAAUGAUACAUAUAAUAAUAUAAAAGUAACUUUUUUACAUAUUUUGA